AUGGGUUUGGUGUGUCUGUCUGUGCGCCCCGACGUCGCCUCGUUCAUCUUCUGCGGGCCGACGGGCGUUGGCAAGACGGAGCUGUGCAAGGCCCUGGCGGCUGCGUACUUCGGGUCCGAGGACGCCAUGAUCCGUUUGGACAUGAGCGAGUACAUGGAAAAGCACACGGUGGCGAAGCUGAUCGGGAGUCCGCCAGGAUACGUGGGCUAUGACGAGGAGAGCCAGCUCUGCGACGGGGUGCGGCGUCGGCCCUAUACCCUGGUCCUCUUCGACGAGUGCGAGAAGGCACACCCCGACGUGUUCAACCUGAUGCUCCAGAUUUUGGAAGACGGGCGACUCACGGACUCGAAGGGCCGCCUCGUGUCGUUCAAGAACACCCUGGUGAUACUCACAUCCAACUGCGGCGCCAAAGAGAUCGAGAAGUUGAUGCUUGGCGGUGGCGACAUGGGGUUAUCAUCGGGCGAGACCCUGGAUGGUCCCUCAGGCGGCGGCACAGGGAACUCGUUCUAUCAGAACCUGAAGUCGAAGGUCAUCGAGCAGCUCAGGGGCUUCUUCAAGCCAGAGUUCCUAAACAGGCUCGACGAGGUGAUCGUUUUCAAGACCCUGUCGAAGCUCGAGGUCGGGGAGAUCGCGGAGCUCGAGUUCAAGAAAACAAUGAAGCGAUGCGACGAACGGGGCAUCGUGCUGUCGCUGACGGACCGCUUCAAGUCGCUCUGCGUCGACGAGGGGUACAACCCAGUGUACGGGGCUCGACCGCUGCGCCGGGCCAUCAUGCGCCUCCUGGAGGACAAGCUGGCGGAGUCGUUCCUCGGGGACCCCACCACCGAGGGCGAGUUCGUCCUCGUCGACGUGGACUCCAGCCAGGAGGUCGUCGUCCUCCGGAAGCACCUCCCAGAGCUGCAGGAGGCGAGCGAGAGCGACGACGAGGGCAGCGUCCUGGUCCUGCCCUCGGCGAUGCCCGACGUCCAGACUCCCGUCAUCCAGCAGCUGCCUAAGGGGGUGGUGGUUCAGCCUAAGGCCGCCUAG